GGGAGGCGAGGGGGGAGCCAGGGCUGGGGGCGGUUGGGUGAGGCCUCUGUGUUUGUGUAAGUCUGUUGCUGUAUCUAUGGCCCUGUGCGUGUUUCUUUGUGACUACCAGGCUCAACUUUCUUCGGCUCUCUUGUGGCCGGCCUCAGUCUUUUCAUCUGUUCAAUGAGUCCGGCGCUCCCACUCAGCCCUCGGGCAGCCCCAGUGUCUGCGCGUGCCCCAGGCUGUCUCCGCGGCUCCCGCUCCGGCCGGCGCUUCCCUGGCCUCCGGCGCGCCUCUAGCUUCCUGGGCUCCGUGCGUGUCUUUGUCUCCCUGUCCACGUGUGAGCUGUGAGUGUGUGUGAGUCAGAGUUCGGGUGUCUGUGGGUCUCUGAGCCUCUGCCGGCAGCACCCGGGGCUCGCCAAGCUCUUGCCGGUUGGCGCGCGCCCAGCCCCUGACGGGACUUGUCCGUGUGUCUGUCCGCGCGCGGGGCCUGGAGAAGCACGCUGCAGUCCUGUCCGCCUCCCGCUCGCUGCCUCGCUGGCUGUCGCUCGCUCGCUCUGCCUCUCCGCCCGGGCUCUGCCGAAGGGGGCGGGGUGGGGGUGCAGGGCCGGGGGGAGGGGAGGCUCCUGCAUUCUUGCGGUCGAGGAGGAAUCCGAGCCAGCGUUACUGGUCUCCAGAAGAGCCCAGCUGCAGCCCCGGGGCCCCGCCAGGCCUCUCGCUGCCCGCCCGGGCCUGCUGGGAUGGGCACGGGCUAGGCCUCGAGCUGGGGACGGGGCGGGGCGUGGCCCCCACCCCGGGCCCCCUCCACGGCUGGAGCGCUCUGGGGGUGGGGCGAGAGGGGUACCCCACCCUGGGUGAGGGGCGCGUCUGGGAGCAGGAAUCCCUCAGGGGGCCAUGGCAGACCUCAGCCGCCCCACGCGGCACCUUUGCUACCUAGCCUUUUAGUGAAUUCUGUCUCUGCCGCCCCGUCGGGGCGUAGGCUUGCUGGAGACUGCAAGCCCCCUGAGGGCAAGGUGCGGGAGGGAUGGGGACAGGGCUGGCCUCCAGGAUCGAGACCCUGUCUCGUAAUCCUCUUUUUCCAGUGCCACCCCACCCUAUCCAGCUCCCUAGUCCCAGGGCUGUUGGGUCCUCCCUUCUCCCCUCCCCUCUGACACCCCCUCCCCAAGUCACGAGUUUUCUCUUUGGGGCUUGUUGCUGCAGUCCGUGCUCCAGUACCGAGUACCUGGCUGGGCCCUGGGCACGCACAGGGGCCGUAGCCCCACUGUGUGUGGGAGCCAUGAGGAUCCUGGCUAACAAGACAAGGUUACCCCACCCCAGGAGGAGAGAAGCUCCAGGGAGCCCGCCGCUGUCCCCCCGCGGCCAUUGCCCCCCUGCCCCAGCCAAGCCAAUGCACCCAGAAAAUAAAUUGACCAAUCAUGGCAAGACAGGGAAUGGCGGGGCCCAAUCUCAGCACCAGAAUGUGAACCAAGGACCCACCUGCAACUUGGGCUCGAAGGGCGUGGGGGCGGGGAACCAUGGGGCCAAGGCCAACCAGAUCUCGCCUAGCAACUCAAGUCUGAAGAACCCCCAGGCAGGGGUGCCCCCUUUCAGCUCGCUCAAGGGCAAGGUGAAGAGGGAACGGAGUGUGUCUGUGGACUCUGGAGAGCAGCGAGAGGCUGGGACCCCAUCCCUGGAUUCAGAGGCCAAAGAGGUGGCGCCACGGAGUAAGCGGCGCUGUGUGCUGGAGCGGAAGCAGCCAUACAGUGGGGACGAAUGGUGCUCUGGACCGGACAGUGAGGAGGACGACAAGCCCAUUGGGGCCACCCACAAUUGUAAUGUAGCAGACCCAGCCAUGGCGGCCCCACAGCUGGGUCCCGGCCAAACCACCCAACUGCCCCUCAGCGAGAGCAGCGUGCCAGGCGCCCCGCACGGCCCUCCUCCUGGCCUUCGGCCUGAUGCCCCUGGGGGCGGGGGCGGGGGCGGGGGCGUCCCCGGAAAGCCUCCCUCGCAGUUCGUAUAUGUCUUCACCACCCACCUGGCCAACACGGCUGCGGAGGCAGUGCUGCAGGGCCGGGCCGACUCCAUCCUCGCCUACCACCAGCAGAACGUGCCUCGGGCCAAGCUUGACCAGGCCCCUAAAGUGCCCCCCACCCCAGAACCGCUACCCCUGAGCACGCCAUCAGCGGGCACCCCACAGUCCCAGCCACCUCCACUGCCACCGCCACCCCCGGCCCCUGGCAGUGCCCCACCUGCUCUGCCCCCAGAGGGGCCUCCUGAGGACAGCAGUCAGGACCUGGCCCCCAACUCGGUGGGAGCUGCCAGCACAGGUGGUGGGACUGGGGGCACCCACCCUAACACCCCGACGGCUACCACCGCCAACAACCCUCUGCCUCCUGGAGGAGACCCCAGCAGUACUCCCGGCCCUGCCCUGCUGGGGGAGGCAGCCCCCCCUGGAAAUGGGCAGCGCAGCCUGGUGGGCUCAGAGGGCUUGUCCAAAGAGCAGCUGGAGCAUCGGGAACGGUCCCUCCAGACGCUGCGAGACAUUGAGCGACUGCUGCUCCGCAGCGGAGAGACUGAGCCCUUCCUCAAGGGGCCCCCAGGAGGAGCGAGUGAGGGGGGCCCACCAGCACAAGCCCCCCCUCCCCCCCAGCAGCCACCCACGGCCCCUCCCAGCGGGCUGAAGAAGUACGAGGAACCCUUGCAGUCCAUGAUUUCACAGACACAGAGCCUAGGGGGCCCCCCGCUGGAGCAUGAAGUGCCUGGGCACCCCCCGGGUGGGGACAUGGGGCAGCAGAUGAACAUGAUGAUACAGAGGCUGGGCCAGGACAGCCUCACGCCCGAGCAGGUGGCCUGGCGCAAGCUGCAGGAGGAGUACUACGAGGAGAAACGGCGGAAAGAGGAACAGAUUGGGCUGCAUGGGGGCCGCCCUCUGCAGGACAUGAUGGGCAUGGGGGGCAUGAUAGUGAGGGGGCCCCCGCCUCCUUACCACAGCAAGCCUGGGGAUCAGUGGCCGCCUGGAAUGGGUGCGCAGCUGCGGGGGCCCAUGGAUGUUCAAGAUCCCAUGCAGCUCCGGGGCGGACCUCCCUUUCCUGGGCCCCGUUUCCCAGGCAACCAGAUACAACGGGUGCCUGGGUUUGGGGGCAUGCAGAGUAUGCCCAUGGAGAUGCCCAUGAAUGCCAUGCAGAGGCCCGUGAGGCCAGGCAUGGGCUGGACCGAAGACUUGCCCCCUAUGGGGGGACCCAGCAGUUUUGCCCAGAACACCAUGCCCUACCCAGGUGGGCAGGGCGAGGCGGAGCGAUUCAUGACCCCCCGGGUCCGUGAGGAGCUACUGCGGCACCAGCUGCUGGAGAAGCGGUCGAUGGGCAUGCAGCGCCCCCUGGGCAUGGCAGGCAGUGGCAUGGGACAGAGCAUGGAGAUGGAGCGGAUGAUGCAGGCGCACCGGCAGAUGGAUCCUGCCAUGUUUCCUGGGCAGAUGGCUGGUGGUGAAGGCCUGGCAGGCACUCCCAUGGGCAUGGAGUUUGGUGGAGGCCGGGGCCUCCUGAGCCCUCCCAUGGGACAGUCUGGGCUGAGGGAGGUGGACCCGCCCAUGGGGCCAGGCAACCUCAACAUGAACAUGAAUGUGAACAUGAACAUGAACAUGAACCUGAACGUGCAGAUGACCCCGCAGCAGCAGAUGCUGAUGUCGCAGAAGAUGCGGGGCCCUGGGGACAUGAUGGGGCCCCAGGGCCUCAGUCCUGAGGAGAUGGCCCGGGUUCGGGCCCAGAACAGCAGUGGCGUGAUGGGCGGCCCGCAGAAGAUGCUGAUGCCUUCACAGUUUCCCAACCAGGGCCAGCAGGGAUUCUCUGGGGGCCAGGGACCCUACCAAGCCAUGUCCCAGGACAUGGGCAAUACCCAAGACAUGUUCAGCCCUGAUCAGAGCUCAAUGCCCAUGAGCAACGUGGGCACCACCCGGCUCAGCCACAUGCCUCUGACCCCUGCGUCCAAUCCUCCUGGGACCGUGCAUUCAGCCCCAAACCGGGGGCUAGGCAGGCGGCCUUCGGACCUCACCAUCAGUAUUAAUCAGAUGGGCUCACCGGGCAUGGGGCACUUGAAGUCACCCACUCUUAGCCAGGUGCACUCACCCCUGGUCACCUCGCCCUCUGCCAACCUCAAGUCACCCCAGACUCCCUCACAGAUGGUGCCCUUGCCUUCUGCCAACCCGCCAGGACCUCUAAAGUCGCCCCAGGUCCUCAGCUCCUCCCUCAGCGUCCGUUCGCCCACUGGCUCGCCCAGCAGGCUCAAGUCUCCUUCCAUGGCGGUGCCUUCUCCAGGCUGGGUUGCCUCACCCAAGACGGCCAUGCCCAGCCCUGGGGUCUCCCAGAACAAGCAGCCGCCUCUCAACAUGAACUCUUCCACCACCAUGAGCAACAUGGAACAGGGUACCCUCCCGCCUAGCGGCCCCCGGAGCAGCUCCUCAGCACCUCCCGCCAACCCUCCCAGCGGCCUCAUGAACCCCAGCCUACCAUUCACUUCCUCCCCAGACCCCACACCUUCCCAGAACCCCCUGUCACUGAUGAUGACCCAGAUGUCCAAGUACGCCAUGCCCAGCUCUACCCCGCUCUACCACAAUGCCAUCAAGACCAUCGCCACCUCAGACGACGAGCUGCUGCCCGACCGGCCCCUGCUGCCCCCCCCACCACCACCGCAGGGCUCCGGGCCAGGGAUCAGCAACAGCCAGCCCAGCCAGAUGCACCUGAACUCAGCCGCUGCCCAGAGCCCUAUGGGCAUGAACCUGCCAGGCCAGCAGCCCCUGUCCCAUGAGCCCCCGCCCGCCAUGCUGCCCUCCCCCACCCCUCUGGGCUCCAACAUUCCACUGCAUCCCAACGCACAGGGGACAGGGGGGCCCCCUCAAAACUCCAUGAUGAUGACCCCAGGGGGCCCCGACUCCCUGAAUGCCCCCUGUGGCCCGGUGCCCAGCUCCUCCCAGAUGAUGCCCUUCCCCCCUCGACUGCAGCAGCCCCAUGGUGCCAUGGCCCCCACUGGGGGUGGGGGCGGGGGGCCUGGCCUGCAGCAGCACUACCCGUCAGGCAUGCCCCUGCCUCCCGAGGACCUGCCCAACCAGCCGCCAGGCCCCAUGCCUCCCCAGCAGCACCUGAUGGGCAAAGCCAUGGCUGGGCGCAUGGGCGACACAUACCCACCGGGUGUGCUCCCUGGGGUGGCAUCAGUGCUGAACGACCCCGAGCUGAGCGAGGUGAUCCGGCCCACCCCAACGGGGAUCCCCGAGUUCGACUUGUCGAGGAUCAUCCCCUCUGAGAAGCCAAGCAGCACCCUCCAGUACUUCCCCAAGAGCGAGAACCAGCCCCCCAAGGCUCAGCCCCCCAAUCUGCAUCUCAUGAACCUGCAGAACAUGAUGGCGGAGCAGACUCCCUCUCGGCCUCCCAACCUCCCAGGCCAGCAGGGCGUCCAGCGGGGGCUCAACAUGUCCAUGUGCCACCCCGGACAGAUGUCCUUGCUGGGCAGGACAGGCGUGCCCCCACAGCAGGGGAUGGUGCCCCAUGGCCUGCACCAGGGGGUCAUGUCCUCUCCGCAAGGCCUCAUGACCCAGCAGAAUUUCAUGCUGAUGAAGCAGCGGGGCGUGGGGGGCGAGGUCUACAGCCAGCCGCCCCACAUGCUCUCCCCACAGGGCUCCCUUAUGGGCCCCCCGCCCCAGCAGAACCUCAUGGUGUCCCACCCCCUUCGGCAGCGCAGUGUGUCCCUGGACAGCCAGAUGGGCUACCUCCCGGCGCCAGGCGGCAUGGCCAACUUGCCCUUCUAGAAGUCGCUGCCGGGGCUGGAGCCGGGGCAAUGUUGCAAAUAUGAUAACCUUAACAAAGUUCUUCCCCUCAAUGUUGGGAUGGCCUGGGUCGUGGGGUGGGGUGGAGGGGGUGGGAGGGGGCUUGUGUAGGGAGUGGCAUUUGUGGAAACCAGAUGUGCUGGCAGCUUAGGGGGAAGUGGCAGAGUGGGGUGGGGAAUUUUGGAUUGGGGUUGGUUCCAUUUCGGCCACCAGGACUGCCCCUCCCCUACUCCUCCCAAUUCCUAUGGAGCCUCUCUAUUUUACCUCUUUCCCUGCAUCCCUGCACCCACCACGCCCCCUUCAGCUAUGCUUUGGAGUCCUGGAUGGGAAUCGGGGGAGAGAGGAAGGACAGGUCAGGUCUCCCCCAGCCCCUUCUGCUCCUGUCUCCUCGUGUUCACAUUGCUGGAGCUCCACCUCCCUCUUGGUUUCUCUGUACCCGCCCAUUUUCCUUCUGUCUUUACCUGCUUCGUAUCCUUUCCCUGCUGAUGUGGCUGACCCCUCUCCCACCCCUCCCUGCAGGCGGCUGGCCAGGUGGGCAGGUGCCAGCCGGAGCUGUAAAUAGAGCGCUGCGCUUUUGUGCUGGUUUGUGCGUGUGCUGUAUUUCUGUGUUUUGAUAGAAGUCACACAAAAAAAAAAGGAUAAAAGAAACCCUUCCCCCUUCUUCAAGUUGUUGCUCCCUCCAUUCCCCUGGACCCAGGGACGUGCAGCCCUACACGGCCACCCACUGUUUGCAGUGUCUCUGGGUCCCUAAGGGAUACCAUUCCUGUCCCCUCCCCAAAUGGUAAAAUGACGUAAAUGACCCACUCCUAAACUGAGGUCAGACCACCUAGGCUUCCACCUGGUGAGCCCCAGCAGGGCUGAGAUCCCCAGGGCGGCAGCCUGUCCGCUGCUGAGUGAUUCAGGGAGAACAUGUGUGCACGUGCAUGUAUGUUUGCCCACACCGGUGACACGGGGCCCUGGCUUCCCACUUUGGAUGCCCGGGCAUCCGCUGCUGCUACAUCUUAGCCAGAACUUGAAGUCUUUUGUCCCAGUUUGGGAUGAAGGAAAGGAGGAAGAGGCGGUGGCUGUGUGGCCCCCUUGAGUGGAGCCAUGGAAGGGGUGGCAUGGUGCCACUGGGGCCUGUGGUUGCAGUAGCCCUGGACCAGGUAACCUCCAGGGCCCUGACUUUUCCAGAGGCUGCUGCCACCUACUUCUUUUCAAAGAAGGGGGAGAACAGUUCGUCUGAGUCAGUGCACCUCCCCUCCAGUCUCCACCCCCUGAGGAUGGAAUCGGGGAAACAGCAUCCUGCCGCCUCCUCUCUGCCUGCCCACUCACCGGCAAGGUUGUCCCUCUGCCCAGGGCUCAGGGCCAUGUACCAGAUCUGUCUGCCCACCCAGGCACAGCCACUGCCUCCCCCUUGGCUCCCUGCUCCUCCCCAGGAGAGCUCCCUAUCCGCCUUUGGUCAGAGCUGAAGCCAUAUACGACUGGGUGUUUGUCCCCUACUUUGGCCCCAGGAGUACAAAACUUCUCCUUUUCUCACUUCCUUUCCUGCCUCGGGAGGUGGCAGGGCAGUUCCCUGGCUGAGGCCUUUUGCGCCCCACCUCCAGGACCAAGGGCCAUUCUAGACAGGGUGUCUUCUACCAGGACCCGUCCCUAGCCUUCCUGGCCUGGAGGGCCUGGUCUCGCACUGGCAGCUGUAAUACAAAGGGAACUCGCCCCACUUCUCCCAGCCUGGUGCUGUCCUCUCGGCCCACCAUCGGCCAGGUCCAGCGCUUCCUCUGGGGCUGACAACAGGCCCCUGACUCACCCCGGUCACCUCCCAGGGGCCAUGGCCAGGGCCUCUGUGUUUGGGGGGCCACUUGCCCUUCAUCCUGCCAGGCGCUUUGCCCGCCCUGCCUCAGCCUGGGCCCUGUGCCCUUGAGCCCUCCACCCCUGGCCCAAGACCCCCCAAACUGUCUGACUCUGUGUUUCCUGCCCUGAGGAGAGAGGGGUCAGAUCACAGCGGGCCGAGUGCCCUCUCCGUCCCCUCUCCUCCCACCCGCGCCACAGGCCAGCCUACUCUUCCCUCCAUCCAUGGCCAUAACCCCAGCCAUUUUGUACCAUUAUAUAAAUAUAUAUAUAAAUAUAAAUAUAUAAAUACAAUAUGUGAAGACAUCUUCUUGGUUUUUAUUUUGAAACAAUUUUUAGGCUUGUUCCGGGGGUCUCUGUGCUGCCUGUACUGUAUUGACCUGUUUUAUAGGUGCCUUUUUAUUAAAAAGAAAAUUCAAAAUCCA